GUUUUAAAUAAACGUCAACGGAAACGGAACUGUAAACAUAUUCGACAUGCGAAAUAUGUACGUAAAAUCUGGUUCGAAUAAUUUAAAAAUGUCGGAUAAACGCAAAACUUUCGCGUUACCGAUAUCUAAGCCGGUUAAAUCAACUCAAGUGCCAUCAUCCGUGCGUAAAACAAUCAAUACAACAAAGAAAAGAAUUUUACCGAAGUUGAAUACGACGCUGUGUAGUAAAUUAAACCCAGCUGAUGUUACGAUAUGCAAGGCCGAUGAUUUACAAGACUACGAGGAACAAUAUCGUCAAAUAGCUUACGGCAAAUUCAUGCGCACUAUGCUAGAAGAAUGUCUAGUCCGUGAGAAAUUUGAACGCGAGGAAACGGAAGUAGAUGUUCAAAUGUGUAAAUUAGCUGAUCGAUUCAACAAAACAAGAGACCAAUUAGAUAAAACGAGCAAAAGAUUGAAGGAGAUAUCAUUUGUUGUUGAACAAGAAAGACUUUCAGAUUUAAAAUCAAAUGACUACACAAAGUUUCAUGAAAUGGCAACAAAUUCGAAUGCAGAAGAAUUAUUACGAAAUUUAGCAAGUACAGAACAAUCGUUAUUAGAUAAAUUGGAAACAAAAAAUGUCGAUUUCGGUUACAACAAGGAGAGUGGACAUAAACAACUGUUAGAUGCGGUUACUGACGCGAUAGAAGGGUUGGCAGAAAUUAAAAAGCAUUCCAACUUGGAUGUUGACAAGUUUAAGGAAUAUGAAAAGACACAAAGCAGUUUAAAUAACUUGGAACGGGAGAAAUUUGAUUUGGAAAGUAUGAGGUUGCAGUUUGAAAAGAGAUUUCCUAAUUUCAAUGAGAGUUUGAUAAAAGGCGCUUCGGAUAGAAUUGCCCAGUUGUUGGAUAAAGAAGAUAGUGAUGAUGAUUGAAUGUUUAAAACCAACCAGAAAUAUAACAAAACUCUGCUGUAAAAUAGAAUAAUACUGGAUUUAACAGUACACAUUAAAGCCUAUAUCGGAAUGUAAAAAUUCAUUGCAUUAUUGUAGACACUACCUUUUUUAUAAUACAACGUGACAAACGAGCAAGCGGCCACCUGAAUCCGCCAAAAUAGCGAAGCGACCGCUGCC